AUGGUAGGUAUCUCGACAAACGUGCUCUUCGGUUCUCAUCUCCAAGAUCGAGCAGGCACCGUCUUUCCGCAAGGUGCCUUGGUAAAGUUCCCUCUCACCUGCAUUGACUUACGACGUAGAAUGCUAGAGAGCCUCCCCGUGACAACAUUCACAUGGCAGCUCCUUUUAGCCUGUAUACCCUGCGAUCUGAGGUUCCUGCUGCGCAAGGAGCUCAGCCGCAAAUUUGAGGUUGGCCAUUUUCACCGCUUAACCUACACUAUCUUGACUUACAUCAGGAGCCAAAUCAUCCAGCUAGCACGGAACUGCUGCCGUCGAUCUUUCAUGUCGAUCAUCACCGGGUUUCCAAGCCUGACGAGAACCACACCGAGGCCUAAGGUCGCUCUUAUCAAUCCUGAUACCCAUGGCUUAGAGCCUGUGGCUGCGCGAGCGGGCAAGUGGCAAUUCCACGCAUUGGCUGCUGAUUCAGACUGUCACCAUUUGCCACCUGUCUUUAACUACUUGCGGCAUCCAACAGCGAUCGAAAGCCUUCUCCAGCCCAGCAGCUCCAUUGCAAAGGAUCCGACUGGGCCACCUGAAAGCCGACCCGCGCUGGACGGAGAGAUAAAAGACAUUCGGUUCAACGCUUCCGCACUGGCUACCCGGAGCCUGCUCGACAGAAACCGACCGUCGUCCAAACGUGUCGUUCAGCAGUUGUCUCUUUUACCCCUCAUGCUUUCUCCUCCACUUGUCGCAGCAUAUGGACGGCAUUGUCUCUGCUACGGUCCAAGUAUCCAUACAACCCCCUCCGCCUUCAGGCUUUCGGUCCUAGCCGAUGAAACCUCCGCAUCGUCGGGCGUUUAUGACUUUUCACUCCGUCCCGCUGCUACCACUGGCGGGGCCCACGUUGGGAGAGACAGGGAGCGGAGGCUUUCGUCUUACAGCAAAAACUGUGCUGAUCUUGCCGCCGAUCGCUUCCGCCUUCUCAAGUUUGAACAGCCGCAAGGCCGCAGAUGCUUUUAA